AUGCGCCAGCGUCUCGCCCUUCGCCGGAUCCUCCUACAGAGGCUCUUCCGGUUGCAGACCUCCCGCCCUUUCACGAGCAACACAUCCCUCACCUCCCGCGGCCGGCCACAGCUUCCCUUCCUCUCGAUACCCGUUACUACGCGUCCACGCGCACGAUACUUCACCACCGAAAAGAAGAACUGGCUCCGUCAUGAGGGCCGCCUCAUCCUCCGCUACAACGUCUCGAUAUGGGGUGGUGUACUGUGCAUCAUUGGUAUCGUCUUUCUUCUUAACCAGGAGGGACUUGAGAAGGAGCACCCGACACCUCAUGAGUGGUCCAUCUUGACACGUAUGCGGGUACGCGGCGCGAAGAGCGCCGCCAAGGACAGCCACCUGAACAACGUAAACUGGGUCGAGGUCAUCGUGUCAUGCAGGGAAGCGCUGAAGCGCCUGGAGGACCCGAACAUCGACGGCAAGGGCAUCAGGGAACUCCUCGAUGAGCCGCUAUCUAUCGACGGUUUGGGCGCCGCCGGCAAGGACAUCUCGGCCAAGAGCGAGAAUUGGCGGAGGGGAUACUACGAAGUGAUGAUGCUCAUGGCGCAAGCUGCAGAGCAGAUGGACGGGUGGGUAAAGGAUAAGACGAGAAACAUCAUAUUCCCGCCCGAGGUCGUCAUUGGGCCGUCGAACCCGCAUCCUAAACCGAUUCCCGCCGGUGCUGAAAAAGCGCCGAAGGAGGAGGACUGCGAGAUUGCCUACGAGCCGGCUGAGAACCACUACCUGCGCAUCCUCACCACCAAGGGCUUUACCGACCGGCAAAAGAUGGAUGCGGCGUUGGCGUAUGCCUCUUUCCUCGACUUCAAGCAGCUGCCCGAAGCCGCUGAGAGGAUGUACCAGUGGGCGCUCUCUCUGGCGACGGCGACCGCUCCCUCGUCUCCGCCGCUGGUUGACCCUCUCACUUACACUCUGAACGAGAAGACGACGCAGCCGUCGGAAAAUGUGCUGAAUGUUCUUACCUCGAUUGCCACGCACAAGGCUCGUCACGGCGACGUGUCUGCCGCAUUGCCCAUCUUCAUCUCCAUUCUCCGUGCCCGCCGUGCACUCCCUCAAGUGCCUCUCCCCGGCCAAGAGCGUCCACAAGAAGUCCCUUCCACCCUUUGGCAGAGAGCCUGGAACCUCGCACAGGCACCCAAGUAUCCGCCGCCGCCUGAUGACGGCUCUCGGCCCCCUUGGAGACAUCCCAAGGAGCUGUGUGAGGAGGCCGGUCUGAACCUGUACAUUGGCGAGAUUCUCUACUCCACGAAGGACGCCAAGGGCAACCGCGAAGAGGGCCUCGCCUGGACCCGUGAUGCAGUCGACCUCGCCGAGGAGCAGCUUCGAAAGAUUGGCAACAUUGGAGGCGACAAGGAGGCCCGCCAGACUUGCCGCGAGUGUCUGGGCACGGGAUUGGAGAACUGGUCUAAGAUGGUGGCGAGGCUUGCCAAGGACGAGGAGGAGAAGAACAAGGCUGGCCCGAAGAAGUCUGCGUUCAGUUUCUGGAGCGAGACCAAGCCAGUUGACGGAAGAUGGGCGGCGGAGGAGGAGGUUGUCAAGGAGAGGAUACGGCGCACGAGGGAGCUGCUGGUCAACGUUGAGCCGCCUGCCGCCGGGCUCGCGUCGCUGCUCAAGGCAUAA